AUGCCACUUUCAGCCCGUACAGCGACCGUCUCCCGGUCCACCAACGAGACCAAGAUCCAAGUUUCCUUGUCCUUGGAUGGCGGUGUCCUCCCACCUUUCGAGCCGAUUUCGCAUUUCCCGUCUUCAAGUGACCCCGCCGAGGCCGAGGCCGAGAAGAAGGGUGUUGUGCCUAUCAAGGGCGCCGAACAUGCUACUCAAUUCACUCCUACUCAACAGAUCACAAUCAGCACGGGCAUUGGCUUCUUGGAUCACAUGCUGCACGCGCUUGCCAAGCAUGGCGGUUGGAGUUUGGCGGUGCGGGCAAAGGGCGAUUUGUACAUUGACGACCACCACACAACGGAAGAUACCUUCCUCGCCCUCGGGUCAGCCUUCACAAAAGCCCUCGGCGCUCGCCAGUCCCUCGCCCGAUUCGGUCGCGGCGAUGCACCCCUCGACGAGGCUCUCUCUUGGGCCGUCAUCGAUCUGUCCAGCCGACCCUACGCUGUGAUCAACCUGGGCUUCAAGCGUGAGAAGAUUGGUGCGCUGAGCACCGAGAUGAUCACCCAUGGUCUUCAGAGUUUCGCCCAAGCUGCAGACGUCACACUUCACAUGGGCUGCUCCUAUGGUGACAAUGACCACCACCGGGCAGAAAGUGCGAUCAAAGCUUUGGCUGUUGCCAUUCGGGCUGCGACUGCACGCCGGGUGGAGGGUGAGGUUGGUGCUGGUGAUGUUGUCAGUACCAAGGGUGUGCUAUAG